UGGGGUGUGGAGGCCGUGCGCCGGCUCUGCGCGCAGGUGGGCCGACGUCAUGGAUAUAGAUGCUGAAAGAGUCAGAAUAUCGGAGGAGAUCAGGGAGUUGGAAAGGAUCCUGGAUCCCAGCUCUUCGAGUAUCAACGUGGACAUCUCGGAGUCAAGUCUCGACUCGGAUUCUGAUGCAGAUUCGCUGCCCGAAGAGGACUCGGACGCUGCUGGUCCGCUGCUCUUGGAAGGAGAAAGGUGGGGGGAGGCCAGCAAUGAUGAAGACGACCCCAGGGAGAAGGCACUCCCUGAAGACCCAGAGACUUGCCUACAGCUGAACAUGGUCUACCAGGAGGUCAUCCGGGAGAAGCUGGCGGAGGUCAGCCUGCUGCUGGCCCAGAACCGGGAGCAGCAGGAGGAAGUCAUGUGGGCACUGGUGGGGUGCAAGGGCCCCAAGGUGAAGGACAGCAGGAACCUGCCCUCGAGUCUGUACAUGGGGCACUUCAUGAAGCCCUACUUCAAGGACAAGGUCACCGGCGUGGGGCCUCCUGCCAACGAAGACACGCGGGAGAGGGCCGCCCAGGGCAUCAAGGCUUUCGAGGAGCUCCUGGUGACCAAGUGGAAGACCUGGGAGAAGGUCCUGCUCAGAAAGUCAGUGGUGAGCAACCGCCUGCAGCGCCUGCUGCAGCCCAAGUUACUCAAGCUCGAGUAUUUGCAGCAGAAACAGAGCGGCACCACGAGUGAGGCAGAGAGGCAGCUCCUGGAGAAGCAGGCCAGGGAGGCUGAGAAGGAGGUGCAGGACAUCCAUCAGCUCCCCGAGGAGGCCCUGCUGGGGGGCCGGCUGGACGAGCACGACUGGGAGAAGAUCUCCAACGUCAACUUCGAGGGCAGCCGCGGCGCGCAGGAGAUCCGCAGGUUCUGGCAGAACUGCGAACACCCGAGCAUCAACAAGCAGGAGUGGGGCGCGCGGGAGGUGGGCCGGCUGCAGGCCGUCGCGGCCGCGCGCGGCCACCUGGACUGGCAGAAGAUCGCCGAGGAGCUGGGGACCUGCCGCAGCGCCUUCCAGUGCCUGCAGAAGUACCAGCAGCACAGCCCGGCCCUGAAGCGCAGGGAGUGGACGGAGGAGGAGGACCGCGUGCUCAGCCGGCUCGUGCAGGAGAUGCGCGUCGGCAACCACAUCCCCUACCGGAGGAUCGUCUACUACAUGGAGGGGAGGGACUCCAUGCAGCUCAUCUACCGCUGGACCAAGAGCCUGGACCCCAGCCUGAAGAAAGGUCUCUGGGCGCCAGAGGAAGACGCGAAGUUGCUCCAGGCGGUCGCCAAGUACGGGGAGCAGGAUUGGUUUAAAAUCCGGGAAGAGGUGCCAGGUAGGAGCGAUGCCCAGUGCCGCGAUCGGUAUCUCAGAAGGUUACAUUUUGGCUUGAAAAAGGGACGAUGGAAUUCCCAAGAAGAGGAAAAGUUAGUUGAAUUAAUAGAAAAAUAUGGUGUCGGUCACUGGGCAAAAAUAGCCUCUGAACUACCCCAUCGGACGGGUUCCCAGUGCCUAAGCAAGUGGAAAAUCAUGGUCAGGGUGAGGCUUUACUAAAAGUCAGCCGAAGGCCCCAGCCCCCGGGGGCUAGCGUCACCGCAGGCAGGAUGAGGGGAGAGUGGCUGGCGGGCGAGAACAGGGG